CGUUCCUUUUCCUCUUCUUUCUCUUGCCUUUGCCUUUCUCUUUCCUUUUCCUUUCUGUUCGCUGCUCUUCCUUUUCAUUUCCUGUUUCUUUUUCUGUUCCUGUCCUUUUCCUUUCUCUUUCUUUUCUUUUCCUUUCCCUGUCCUUUUCCUUUCCUUUUCUUUCAACCCUGAGCCCAAGUCUAUCACCGAUGCCAGCACUUGACGAAAUCAACACUCAUGAAAUAUAAUUAUCAACUAUUGAAUUCAACAUGGGGUAUCGCUAUUUGGAAAGGUCCCAUCGCUAACCUCAGUUUUUUGCACUUUCUGAAAACCAAUGUCCAGCCAAUACAUAUCUUAGUAUCCGCGAGUUUUGAUGGUUGCGCAUAUAUAUGUGUGUAUUGAUUGAUUUUAUCAAAAUAUAAUUGUACAUACUAUACAUCUGUUAAAUGUCUGAUGGGUCAACAGAAAGCACUGCCGCACCCAUGAAGAGAGCCUGGAAGGCUUCUUUCUUCAGUUCCAGUCGAGGCCAGAGGUGAGAGAACAUGUCCGAAGCACUCUUGGAUUUGGCAUUCUCCUCAGCAUCAGGACAACUUACAGCCUCAAAGCACGUGAGAUUUGCAAACACAGACCUGAACAAUUUGUGUAAGCACAUGAAGUUUGUAGAGAUCAAUAUGAAUGUCUAUGAGUCUAUCCUUAUCCUGAACCAAGUAGCCAGUUGGAGCUUCAAGGCAUCAGCAUAAAUCUGACAGAUCGCUUCCUUGAUAAUGUACUCAUUCCAACUUGCCCAAGUUUUAUGAAUCCCAUCAGUAUCUUCAGCCUGGCGCCAAAUGCCACGACGAUUAUCUUGUAGCGCGAAGCCUGCAUGAACAUGCACUGGCAGUCCUGCGCCAGCAAAACGGCAAAAAGCAACAUAUAUAAAACCGAAUAAGACUGACUAUGGACCUUGCAGAGCAGGGAUGAGACCAUGAUCACACAAAGGAACCGAACGAAAUUCUAUCAUGGUGAUAGAUGAUCACUAUCACUGCUGUGACUAGCACUGUGACGAUGAUCCGAUGUUGAUUGCUAUGCCACUAUGGGCACAAUGCAAGGAUGCCAGUGACAAUGUCCUGUCUUGAUAGGCAAUGGCAAGUGGGCAAAGGCCAGCCCUGUGGCAGCUCCGCCCAAGGGCAUCGCAACACAUACAAACGGCACCUCUCCGGGCAAAUCAAGGGCGUGACAAUCGAAGAAGCGUCCAAAUCGAAGCCAAUGAGCCUCUUGAGCCUCUUGAGCCUCUUCGGGACCAGAGCGACUCUUGAAAAUGAUGUGCUCAUGGACCGUCGGCGCAGUGGAAAGGGACUUCUUGAGCUCAUCCUGCCACAAAGAUCCACCAAUCACACCAUGGCAUUGCAAUCGGCAUUAAGAAUCGAAACUGGUCAACCAGUAUAGUCAAAUCUGAUUGGGGCGCAAGGUACCUGAAGGUGCUUCGUGGUGUCAAACUGUUUCAAGAACUGCUUCACAUCCAAGAGCGAAUGACCAAGCUCCUCUCGCCGCUGCGGCUCUUGAGGCUCUGGCUGUUCCACUUCUAUUGAAGCCAGCCUUUGCAUUUCAUGAUGUUCCUCGCAGACAAAAAUCUCCAAACAGCGCAGGCGAGGCAAGAACAUGGCCACAUCACCACGGCGCAUGACCUUCACGAACUCCUGGCGGCAAUCCAAGUUACAACCUGCAAAGUAAAGUGAAAUGGACUCGAACUGUCUAUAAACUUAUCACAUCCAAAGCGUUCAAUUUUCUUCCCUGGCAUACUCUGGGGGGCAGCCAGUGUCUUUCAAGACUCCUCGAAAACUUGUUGCGCCCUCUUGGGUCC